AUCCCGGAUCACCGAACGGUGGAGUCAAUUAAGAAAAAUAUACAGCUUGCUUCCCUUCUUCAUCAUCUUCUACAUCAAUCACAUCCCACAAAAGAUGUACGCCACUUUAGCGACCCGUUCAAUGGUCGUGCCCAAAUCAGUGGCCAGAGGAACAUCAAAGAGGCUCUUAAGUGGCAAUUGUUCAACAGCCUCUUCAUCCUCUUCUUCCCUCUUACGUACCAGUGCGCCACACAAAUUCAUAAGCGCACCUAGUGCUCUCUCUAUUGCGUCUCGUCGUCAUUAUGCUACUCCAACGGAAGAUAAUGACAAUUCUGGAAGGAAGCCAGCAAAUAGAAAGGAAUAUGAAGAAAGCGUAAAGAAAGGCUUGGAAGAUGCAAAGAAAGCCCAAGCAAACAAAAAUGAAGAUGGAUUGUCAAGCGCAUUGAAAGGCUGGUUCGAGAAGAAUGGUAGCGACAUGGGCAAUAAAGAAAAGAUUGCUUCGUCAUCCGAAGAGGGUCAACGAAAGUCUGACGAAAAAGAAUCAGGAGAAAAGAAGAGAAAUGAAAAGAAAUCAUCCUCCUCUUCUUCCACAGGAGGAAGCGGCAAGGAUCCGAAUCAACAGGAAGUUCGUCUCAAUGCCAACACUUUGAUCGCUUCUGCAAUUGGUACCUACGUCGUUUGGCAAAUCACAUCCCCCAACACGAACGCUCGUGAGAUCACAUGGCAAGAAUUCCGCACUGCAUUCCUCGACAAAGGAUUGGUUGACAGAUUGGUCGUAGUCAAUCGAACAAAGGUUCGUGUAUACUUGCACUCCAAUGCAACAGGUACCAUGGGAACCAACAACAAUGCAGGAAGCUCCUCGCAAGCAUCCUAUUGGUUCAGCGUUGGAUCCGUUGAAGCUUUCGAACGGAAGCUUGAUGAUGCUCAACGUGAGCUCGAUAUUCCACCUAGUGAGCGCAUCCCUGUCGCUUAUCAUGAAGAGAUCUCGACAUUCAACACACUCCUUCACUUUGCACCAACGCUUUUGGUCGCUGGUCUCUUAUUAUGGAUGACAAGACGUGCUGCUGGUGGAAUGGGAGGAGCUGGCGGUGGUGGCGGUCCAGGUGGAAUUUUCGGUAUUGGAAAAUCGAGAGCAAAGAUGUUCAACCAAGAGACCGAUGUCAAGAUGAAGUUCGAAAAUGUUGCCGGUAUGGAUGAAGCAAAGGAAGAAAUUAUGGAAUUCGUCAAUUUCUUGAAGAACCCCGAAAAAUACGAGAAAUUGGGAGCCAAGAUCCCAAGAGGAGCAAUCCUUUCUGGACCUCCCGGAACAGGUAAGACAUUGCUUGCCAAAGCCACCGCUGGUGAAGCAGGUGUACCCUUCUUGAGUGUCUCAGGUUCUGAAUUCGUGGAAAUGUUUGUCGGUGUUGGUCCAUCUCGUGUACGUGAUAUGUUCUCAACAGCCAAGAAACAUGCUCCAUGCAUCAUCUUUGUGGAUGAAAUUGAUGCAAUCGGUAAGGCACGUGGAAAGGCAGGCGGCUUCGGUGGAAAUGAUGAACGUGAAUCGACAUUGAACGAAUUACUGGUUCAAAUGGACGGUUUCGGUUCUACAGAUCCAGUCAUUGUUCUAGCAGGUACAAAUAGACCGGAUGUCUUGGAUCCUGCUCUCUUGCGUCCUGGACGUUUCGAUCGCCACGUCAGCAUUGACAGACCUGAUAUUGGUGGACGACGUGAAAUUUUCAAGGUUCACUUGAAGCCACUCAAGUUGGCUGACGGUGUUGACAAGGAUCUUUUGUCUGAAAAGUUGAGUACAAUGACACCUGGAUUCUCUGGAGCAGAUGUUGCAAAUGUGUGCAAUGAAGCAGCUUUGAUCGCAGCAAGAAGUGGAUUGGCAGCCGUUGAUGAAAGGUCUUUCGAUCGUGCAAUCGAACGUGUUAUUGCAGGUUUGGAACGUAAGACCCGUGUCUUGACACCCGAUGAGAAGCGUAUCGUUGCUUAUCACGAAGCCGGACAUGCUGUCUGUGGAUGGUUCUUGGAACAUGCUGAUCCAUUGCUCAAGGUUUCCAUCAUUCCUCGUGGUAUGGGUUUGGGUUACGCUCAAUAUCUGCCCAAGGAACGCUACCUGUUCAGCACAGAGAUGUUGUUCGACCGAAUGUGUAUGACUUUGGGUGGCCGAGUUAGUGAAGAGAUCAAUUUUGGAUCCAUCACAACUGGUGCACAAGAUGAUUUGAGCAAGAUUACAAAGAUCGCAUACGAGAUUUGCGCAUCAUACGGUAUGAAUUCUACACUUGGUCCAGUGAGCUACAAAGCUGAGCAAGAAUCGAUGCACAAGCCAUUCAGUGAAAAGACAAAUGAAAUGCUUGAUAAUGAGGUUCGCGAGAUGGUCAACAAGGUUCACAAGCGUACAACUGAAUUGUUGACCACGCAUUCGGAUGCUGUUGAAAAGGUCGCACAAGCCUUAUUGAAGAAAGAAGUGAUCACUCGUGAAGAUAUGAGACUUCUUUUGGGCAAGAGACCAUUCAAAUCAGCAGAUGAAGCAGAUGAAUAUUUGGACAAGAAAGGUAUUCGCGAUUUCGGAAGACGUGGAGGAGAAGUUAGUGCACCACCACCACCUCCAUCUGAUUUAGGAGGUGAUCCAGGUUUGGCCGCUUCCAAGAGCGAUGACGCUUCUCCCAAAUGAAUCAAUCAAUUGGAUUUGCUUCCUUUUUCAUCAUCAUGUAGAAUGUAUCGAAUACCACACCACUCGUACUUUUUUUGUUUGUUUCACUAGGCUUUGUUCUUUUUUUUUUCCUCUCAUAAACUCAUCAUCACAUGCAAUGCGUACAUGUACAUCAUAAUUCAAUAAUAAAUUAUAUUACAGCGUUUUUUCACAUCUGUUCUUCUUUUUGGGUAUCUGUGGUCGCGAUUGCUUCCUUCUUGAUCCUUUUCAUCAAAUUCUCUCGGCCUGACCAAGGCUUUCCACCAUUCCUUUCACGUUCCCAUUCUUCCAGCAAAUCCAGAUCUGCAGAUCGAGCGCCGAUCUUGAAUAUACGCUGACAUGCUCCAGGUCCGAUCCCGUUGGCUUUUGGCAUAGUUGGCAGUUCUUCUGUUUGUUCAUCUACACCACAAUCAUCCU